AUGGUCAGAUCAACUAAAACUACUCAAGCAAUGAUGAAGCUGUAUGGAAUUAGUGGGUUUGGGGAUAAGAGCAUGGAGGCGCUUGCGUUGAAGAAGAGAGCAGACAGUGAGUUUGAGAUGGGUGAUUUCGAGGAGGCUGAGGGAUUGCUCAUCAAGUAUUAUGCAUGUAACAGGCUAGCUGAGAAAAGUGACAUGUAUGGUUUUGGAGUCUUACUCUUGGAACUGAUGGCAAGCCGGACUGCUGUUGUGAUUAUAGGCAAUGUUGACAACAUUCAUAUAAUUCAAUGGUUUAGUCCCUUUGGUGAAGGAGGGGAUAUAAGAAACAUUGUCGAUGCCUGGCUAGCAGGAAAUUUUGACACAAGUUCUGUUUGGAAAGCUGUGGAGACAGCGAUGGAAUGUUUGCCACCAAUUUCCAUCCAGAGGCCAACUAUGAGUCAUGUGGUGAUCCAAGUUUUGAAGAAACGACAAAUUUACAUCCUUCAAGUUAUAAAAAUUAAUUAA